AUGGUGAACUCCUUAGUAGAGGAAAUUGAUAAAAGAACCUAUAAUCCAAACGUUUACUUCACAAGCGCAGAUCCACAGCAUAGAACAUAUCGACCUAAUAAAGUUAUCAAAAAUGGGCAAACCAUUACAACAAAUUCGCGUUCAGUGAAACGAAUCAAUUAUUCAUUGGCUGAUAUGGAGGCCAAGUUAUAUAAUCAAAGACCCACUGAUGUCGAUUUCGGAUCUAGCACCUCUGAUUCCAAUAAUAAGAUGAUGUUGAUGGAUAAAUUUACACAGCAGGAAAUUAUUCAAUCAAAGAGACGAUUUAUGGAAUUGGAUACGGAAAAUAUAAAGGAUUUAAAUGAAAUACCAAACUUAUUGAGUAGUCUGACGGGACUAAAUAAGGAUAAGAUUGAUUCUAAUUCUGUUGCUGUCUCUAACACAGGUGCAGACUCAUCAUCACGUUCUAAUAGACAUAGAUUUGAAAUACCAAAGACCAUACACCUUUCAUAUAGAUGUACAAGACCACCUCGCCCCAAAAGGAAGAACACAAACAGGAUAGUAGCAUUGAAGAAAACGUUGGUAACAAAAAGAACACUACAUACAUAUUUUGAUACUUUGGAUUCAGUAACACGGAGCAUUGUCUUAAACAAUGUUUAUAACAAAAGAUAUUUUAAGGUCCUCCCAUUGAUUACCAUUUGUUCCAUUUGUGGUGGGUAUGAUAGUAUAUCGAGUUGUGUGAGAUGUAGUAACAAAAUAUGUUCGUUACGAUGUUAUAAACUACAUAAUGAAACAAGAUGCAUUCACCGCUGA